GCUGCUGCGGACUGGAAAACCUUCAAACAAAACGUAAAGUGUGGUCGCCGAGUCAAGAUCGAAGAGGAAAAAACCCGCACGCAAUUUUCGGAUCGGAAGAAAACGCGUUUUUUAGUCGGCAAAACCAAAGUGACACAGCUUCCGGCACAAGUUUCGGUUCCUAUUAAGUUUCGUUGUUUGUUUUUUGAAUAGUUUAUCAACCCGCGGAAAAAGUCAAAAUGUUCUGGGGACUCGUGUUGAAAGCGAACAAGAAGUACUCGCAGACGGUGCAGAAGGCGUUCCACCUGAGCCAGGCGGCGCUCGAUCUGUCCAAGUGCGGAGAUGGCGACGUACAGGUUAUGUUAACCUCGGAAGACAGCACCUAUCUGCUGUGUACGCUCGGCAAGAAAACGCCACAGGUCGCUCUGGAUCUGAACUUCGACGAGGGUGACCAGAUCAGCCUGAGCACCAAGGGCGAGGGGGUGGUCCACCUGACCGGCUAUCUGGUCCCGAGCGAGGAGGACUUCUUCGGUGGCGACGACGACGAAGAGCUGGAAGAAGAGGAAGAGGUCGAAGAUUCCCCGCAGAAGGGAAAGGGCAAGCAGGAACGCAUCGCCAAGAAGGUCGCCCAGAAGGUAAACGCCAAGGAAGUCCAGCUGGAAGAGGAUGCCGAAGAGGACGAACUAGACGAAACGUUCGAGCUGCCCAAGGGUGGUGCUAGCAAGAAGAAGGCCGCUGGUGCUGAGGAUGAAGAGGAAGAUUCCGACGAUGACGACGACGAAGAUGAUGACGAAGACGACGAGGAUGAGGACGAGGACAUGGAAGAUAGCAAACUCGAUGGGGAAGCGGACAGUGACGACGACGAUGAAGAUGAUGACGACGAGGACGACGAUGAAGAUGACGAUGACGAGGAGGACGAAUCCGAAGACGAACAACCGAAAGCCAAGGUUGCCAAAGUGGAAAAGAAGCCCUCCAAACAGAAUGGCGUCGAAAAUGGAAAAGCUUCCCCGAAGGAACUGCAAAAAGAAGGUCAAAAGCAGCAACAACAGCAGGAAGCCAAGACACGAACCCUGCAGGGUGGAUUGGUCGUGGAAGACCUCAAAGUCGGAGGUGGUCCCGAGGCCAAGCCCGGCAAGAAGAUCGCCGUCUACUACGAGGGUCGCCUGAAGAAGAACAACAAGGUCUUCGACUCGACCAACAAGGGACCCGGCUUCAAGUUCGCCCUAGGCCGUGGCGAAGUCAUCAAGGGAUGGGAUCUGGGAGUGUCCGGAAUGAAGGUCGGCGGCAAGCGGCGGCUGACGGUCCCACACCAGCUGGCCUACGGUACCCGAGGAAGCCCCCCAGUCAUCCCCCCUAACAGCACCCUGGUCUUCGACGUGGAGCUGAAAAACGUCUUCUAAAAAAGAGCAUUUAGAGCUAGCCUCAUCCUAAAUAAUUAGCAACUAAUUAAACAAUGAUAAGGUACAACUACUAAUAACCACAACACAAAAAACACGAUCAGUUCCGUUAAAAACUGACCGUCGAUCGUAUAAUCUUAGCUCUUAAAAACAAGAUUAAAUGGUACGAACUGUAAACUAGGACAUAGCAAAGCAACGAAGCAUUCAACUAAUAAUAGGAACACACUACCACAGUAAGACAACGGUGUUAUUCUGUACAGAUGAUCCACGCCUAGGUACUUGGGAUACAGUUUUUUCCCCCAUGCCCAAUCACACACACACACACACACACACACACACACACAUAAGCAAAGUUUGUUCAACGUCGUUCUGAUCCAUCUCAGGUUAUUGCUUCUUUUUGUUGUAAAAAGGUUGCAUUAACGUGUGUGUUUCCGUUUGCCAAUCCUCUUCUUCGUUUUGGAGUGUUUUGAUUGAAAAAAAUGACUAUCAAACGAGGAAAACAUGCUGAAGAAAGUGAGUCAAUAAAAUUUGUGUAAAAAAGUAA